AUGGUCAUGUUCAAGAAGGUGAAAACCUUCCUGAUGUCCUUCAGCGAGCCCGAGAAGGUCUAUUGCAGCGGGGAGAAGGUGGCCGGGUGCGUGCUGGUGGAGGUGGCCGAGGUCACUCGCGUCAGCGCCGUCAAGGUGCUGGCCUGCGGGGUGGCCAAAGUCAACUGGGCCAAGGGCCCCCAGCAGUGCCGGCAGGAGAUGGAGUACCUGCGCUUCGAGGACGUCCUCACCCUGGAGGAGCAGCCCACUGAUGGGGAUGGCUCUGUAAUCCUGAGACCCGGGAACAAAUACGAGUACAAAUUUGGAUUUGAGCUUCCCCAAGGGCCUCUGGGUACCACCUUCAAGGGAAAGUACGGCUGCGUGGAUUAUUGGGUGAAGGCCUUCCUGGAGCGCCCGUCCUUCCCCACUCAGGAGAUAAAGAAGCACUUCGAGGUUAUGGAUCCCGUUGAUGUGAACACUCCAGAAUUGCUGUCCCCGGUUGCUGCCAAGAAGGAGAAGAAGGUGUCCUGUAUGUUCAUCCCUGAUGGCCGUGUGUCAGUCAGCGCUCAAAUCGACAGAAAAGGAUUUUGUGAAGGUGACGAGAUCUGCAUCAACGCCGACUUUGAGAACACUUGCUCCCGCAUCGUGGUGCCCAAGGCGGCCAUCGUCGCCAAGCACACCUACCUGGCCAACGGGCAGACCAAGGUGUUCACCCAGAAACUCUCCUGCGUCCGAGGCAACCACAUCGUCUCCGGCAUGUCUGAGUCCUGGCGGGGCAAAACCAUCCGCGUCAAGAAGCUCAAACCAUCCAUCUUGGGCUGCAACAUUCUGCGCGUGGAGUAUUUCCUGCAGAUCUACGUCAGCGUCCCAGGCUCCAAGAAGAUCAUCUUGGAGCUGCCCCUUGUCAUCGGCAGCCGCUCGGGCAUCGGGAGCCGCAGCUCCAGCAUGGCCAGUCAGACCAGCUCCGAGAUGAGCUGGGUGGAUUUGAACCUCCCCGACGCCCCGGAAGCCCCCCCGUGCUACCUGGACAUCGUUCCCGAAGACCACCGCCUGGAGAGCCCCACCACGCCCCUCCUGGACGAUCCCGACAGCUUCGACAGCCCCAUCUUCAUGUACGCGCCCGAGUUCAAGUUCAUGCCGCCGCCCACCUACACGGAG